AUGCGCUACCAUUUGAAAGAGUGGGGACCCGGUAAUGCAGCGCCGCAAAACGCCCGAGAGCUGUUCAACAUGAGACACACAAAAGCUCGAAAGAUCAUCGAGCGCGCGUUCGCCGUAUUGAAAAUGCGAUGGGGUAUCCUACGUAGUGCAUCUUAUGAUCCAAUCCAAACACAUAUACGGUUAAUAAUGACAUGUUUCUUAUUGCAUAAUUUCAUCCAGAGGAAGAUGCCAAAUGAUCCUAUUGAAGCACAUCUAGAUGGGUUUGUUGAUCAAAACCCUAAUGGACCCGAUGCAGAUGGAGCUCAGUUUGUUGAUCACGUCGAGCCUACGAAUGAGUGGACAGAGUUUCGGGACAACUUAGAACGACAAUGUGGAACCAUAGGCAUUUUGCUUGAUGUUUUUGUUUUGUUAUAUUGCGUUGAAUGUGUAACUCGUACAAUGCUAAUCGGGUGA